UGACAUCUCUGUCAGCUAGCAAAACAACUUGUUUUUCAGAAUAUAGAAUUGUAGCAAAAUCGAAAUUCUAGUACAAGAUGUUAAGUUCAAUGGUUAAAGAGCACCAUUCUAAACAAUCAAAGCACAAGCAGGAGCAAGAAGUGCGUCGCAAAGAGGCCAUAGAAGCUUCCAACGAACUAACCCAGGCACUAGUGGACCAUCUGAAUGUGGGAGUGGCGCAAGCAUACUUAAAUCAAAAGCGCUUAGAUGUGGAAGCCAAACAGUUGCAUGUGGGUGCUACCAACUUUGCCAAACAAACGCAUCAAUGGCUGCAAUUAAUUGACAACUUUAGUAGCGCUCUGAAAGAACUUGGAGAUGUGGAGAACUGGGCGCGAAGCAUUGAAGGAGAUAUGCAAGUUAUACAGCAAACUUUGGAGCUGGCAUAUAAGACGUCUCGAGCAACGCAGGCCACAACUGGGACUGCAGCGACGUCAGCUGCAGGAGCAGCAGCAGCGAAUCCAUGAUUUAUGUUUUCCUAGAUGACAAAUAUGAGUCGUCAUAUAAAGGCAAACGUG